UUGGGUUUCAAUUAGUUGAGUUCAGCACGCUCAGAGCGUGCGGAUCGUUAUUGUAUUUACUUUGUGUGCGGUUAAAUCGUUAAAUUCUCGUUAUGCUGUGGGAAUUUCUUGCGAUCUUCGUUGUGUUGUGGCUUCUGGCCUAUCGCUGGUCCACAGCCAACUAUAAUUUCUUCAAGGAUCGUGGAAUUGAUUAUCAAAAACCAUAUCCCUUUGUGGGAAGCAUGUGGAAGAUAUUUCUGCGUAAAAAAUCAAUGUUCGAUCUGAUCGUUGAGUUGUACAAUCAAAGCAAUAGCAAGGUUUACGGUAUCUUUGAGCUACGAACACCACUGCUGAUGAUCAGGGAUCCCGAAUUGCUGAAACAGAUAACGAUUAAGGAUUUUGAUCAUUUUGUGAAUCAUUGUAAUUUGUUUGGUGUUGAUAAUGAUGAUCAUCAUUGUAUGAACAAUCUGUUGGGAAGCUCCCUGUUCUUUUUGCGGGAUGCACGCUGGAAGGAUAUGCGGAGCACAUUAAGUCCUGCCUUCACGGGCAGCAAGAUGCGUCAGAUGUUUCAGCUGAUGGAUUUGGUGGCCAAUGAGGCGGUGCAAUGCUUGAAACGAGAUCAGUCUUCGCAGGAUGGAUUUGAGUUGGACAUGAAGGACUACUCCACGCGAUUCACCAAUGAUGUAAUUGCCUCCACAGCCUUUGGCCUGCAGGUGAACUCGUUCAAGGAGAGAGAGAAUACCUUCUAUAUGUCUGGCAAGCAGAUGACAGAUUUUUCGGCGUGGACGAACUUUAAGUUCUUUUUAUUCACGAGCUCGAAGAGUCUUUUUAAGUUUCUCAGACUUUCGCUCUUUGAUAAGAAAAGUACAGAUUACUUUGUGCGGCUUGUCCUGGAUGCGAUGAAGUAUCGUCAGGAGAACAACAUUGUGAGACCUGACAUGAUUAACAUGCUGAUGGAGGCGAGUGGCAUGAUUCAGACUGAUAAGACCAAGUCACGAACAAUCCGCAAUUGGACUGAUUUUGAUAUUGUGUCGCAAUGCUUUACCUUUUUCUUUUCCGGAUUUGAGACAUCUGCGUGGCUUACGUGCUUCACCGCUCAGGAGCUAAUGGAGAAUGUGGAUGUGCAAAAAAGACUCUACGAGGAGGUGACAGAGGUGAACAUGGAUCUGAACGGUGGGCAGCUGACAUACGAAGCUCUCAUGGGCAUGAAGUACAUGGAUCAGGUCGUUUCGGAGGUGCUCCGAAAGUGGCCUGCCGCAAUCGUCGUAGAUCGAGAGUGCAACAAGGAUAUUACCUAUGUGGUAGAUGGGAAAAAUGUUGACAUCAAGAAAGGCGAAGCCGUUUGGCUUCCCACUUGUGGAUUCCAUCGUGAUCCAAAAUAUUUUGAAAACCCUGAGAAGUUUGAUCCCGAACGUUUUAGCGAUGAGAAUAAGGAUAAAAUCCAACCAUUUACAUAUUAUCCUUUUGGCCUCGGUCAACGCAAUUGCAUAGGAUCUCGUUUCGUUUUGCUCGAGGCAAAGGCUGUCUUAUAUUACUUGCUGCGUGACUUCCGUAUUGCACCUUCUAAGAAGAGCACAAUUCCAAUGGUCCUUAGCACUAAUGGCUUUCAUAUAAAGCCCAGAAAUGGUUUUUGGCUAAAGCUUAUUCCAAGAAUUCUCGUUAUGCUGUGGGAAUUUCUUGCGAUCUUCGUUGUGUUGUGGCUUCUGGCCUAUUGCUGGUCCACUGCCAACUUUAAUUUCUUCAAGGAUCGUGGAAUUGAUUAUCAUAAGCCAGUUCCGUUUUUGGGAAGCAUGUGGAAGAUGGUUCUGCGUAAAAAAUCAAUGUUCGAUCUGAUUGUUGAGUUGUACAAUCAAAGCAAUAGCAAGGUUUACGGUAUCUUUGAGAAUCGGACACCGCUGCUGAUGAUCAGGGAUCCCGAAUUGCUGAAACAGAUAACGAUUAAGGAUUUUGAUCAUUUUGUGAAUCAUCGUAAUAUUUUUGGAGUUGAUAAUGAAGAUCAGCAUGAUAUGAACAAUCUGUUUGGAAGCUCCCUGUUCUCUAUGCGAGAUGCACGCUGGAAGGAUAUGCGGAGCACUCUGAGUCCUGCCUUCACGGGCAGCAAAAUGCGUCAGAUGUUCCAACUGAUGGAUUUGGUGGCCAAUGAGGCGGUGCAAUGCUUGAAACGAGAUCAGACUUCGAAGGAUGGAUUUGAGUUGGACAUGAAGGACUAUUCCACGCGAUUCACCAAUGAUGUGAUUGCAUCCACGGCCUUUGGCCUUCAGGUGAACUCGUUCAAGGAACGAGAGAAUACCUUCUAUAUGUCUGGCAAGCAGAUGACAGAUUUUACGGCAUGGAUGAACCUUAAAUUCUUUUUAUUUACGAGCUCGAAGAGUCUUUUUAAGUUUCUCAGACUUUCGCUCUUCGAUAAAAAAAGUACAGAUUACUUUGUGCGGCUUGUCCUGGAUGCGAUGAAGUAUCGUCAGGAGAACAACAUUGUGAGACCUGACAUGAUUAACAUGUUGAUGGAGGCGAGUGGCAUGAUUCAGACUGAUAAGACCAAGGCAGGAACAAUCCGCAAUUGGAGCGAUCGUGAUAUUGUUGCUCAAUGCUUUGUCUUUUUCUUCGCUGGAUUUGAGACAUCUGCGGUGCUUAUGUGCUUUACCGCUCAUGAGCUCAUGGAGAAUGAGGAUGUGCAAAAAAGACUCUACGAGGAGGUGGCCCAGGUGAACAGCGACCUGGAGGGUGGCCAACUGACUUACGAAGCUCUCAUGGGCAUGAAGUACAUGGAUCAGGUCGUAUCGGAGGUGCUCCGAAAAUGGCCUGCAGCAGUCGCCGUGGAUCGGGAAUGUAACAAGGAUAUUACCUAUGUAGUAGAUGGGAAAAAUGUUGAAAUCAAGAAAGGCGAAGCCGUUUGGCUUCCUACUUGUGGAUUCCAUCGCGAUCCCAAAUACUUUGAGAACCCCGAGAAGUUCGAUCCCGAUCGUUUUAGCGAUGAGAAUAAGGAUAAAAUCCAGCCAUUUACAUAUUAUCCUUUUGGCCUAGGUCAACGCAAUUGCAUAGGAUCUCGUUUCGUUUUGCUUGAGGCAAAGGCUGUCUUAUAUUACUUGCUGCGUGACUUCCGUAUUGCACCUUCUAAGAAGAGCACAAUUCCCUUGGUUCUUAGCUCCUCAGGCUUUCAAUUAAAGCCCAAAAAUGGAUUUUGGCUAAAACUUAUUCCACGCAAUUAAAUCGAACAAGUUGCCUUAUAUAUUUUUAUAUGCAUACAAAAAAUGUUAAACUUGUUUUUAUUUAUUUACUCUUUAGUUUUAUGAAAUAUAUAACCGCAGAUUCCAACAGCUUUAA